AUGAAGGAAAUAACAGCCCUGUUCCCACAGCUUGUGAACCAGUAUCACUUGAAAGAUGUUGCCAUUGGUAUUCUUCUAGUCAACAUCUGCAUCUGGUUUACAUUCGCAGUCAUCAAACGGUUUCAAUCCAGACAUCUCUCCGCCAGCAGACCGUCAACCCCGGAUGUCGAAAAGCCUGCGAAAUCAAAGCAAAACAACAGAAAAUAUGGAGGUAAAAAAAACCCAUCGUCUCACAGACAACUCUCCAUCUCACAGAUGCUAAUGCUGUAUGUUCUUUUUUAUGAAGAGUGGAUUCCGUCCGAUUUCAAACGCCCUACACCAGCUCCAUAUCCGAACUGGGAUGUCCGCACGACCAAGCCGAUUCCCUAUCGUCCUUUCAGAUACGGGCCGAAGUACUAUGUCACGAUGGGGUUGAGGAGCAUGAAAUGGGAUGAGUGGAUCGAACUCGACAAUCACUACCCUCGUUUCCACGCCGACAAGGCCCGUCGGAUCAAGGAGCGCGGUCACAAAUGCUGCAAGACGGCUCCGGAGGCGAUGGAUGCAGCGAUCGAGCUGUUGGAGGAGUUAUGCUCGUAUCUCCCCGCACGGUACCCUUCCAUGUUCAGAAAGACCGACGUGGGCAUCGACAACCUCUUCACGGGCGAGUCGUUCAACAUCGUACAGCGGCCCCUGCCCGAAGACCCCAUGAUCACAUCCGCGCGGCUGAUCCAAGACGACCUCGCGCUGAUGAUCGAAAAGGAAGACGGACAGUACUACCUCCUCGCAGGUGCAAUCCUCCUAGCAGGAUUCUGGCGCCUGGAAGAUAAAUUCGGGAUGCCGCUGUCAGAAAUCCACACGUCGGGGGACGUGCCUCAAUUCAAGGAGAAGCUCGAGAAAGGAAUGAUCAACUUCUUCCGCCGGCUCCGCCCCGAAGAGCCCGUGCUCCGCAACAACUACUUCAUCCAGGUCGACGACAACCUCGCGUGGUCGCACAGCAUCGGGCCCGAGGACAGCCCCGACGUGAGCUGGAACACGGCCGAGAAGAACCGCGCCAUCGAGCACCACUAUUUCCGGUCGGAGCGGCAGUCGCUGCGCCGCCUGCCGCGAUCGGGCGCUAUCGUCUUCACCAUCCGCACGUAUUUCGAGCCCAUCACCGCCAUCGCCGAGGAGCCGUAUGUGCCCGGUCGGCUGGCCUCGGCCAUCCGCAGCUGGGGCGAGGAUGUGUCGCGGUAUAAAGGGAGGGAGAAAUAUGAGGAGGUCCUGCUGGAGUAUCUCGAUAGGAAGCAUGCUGAGCAGGUUGCUGCGGGGUUGGAUCUUGAGAAGGAGGAUGAGGUUAGGAAGUAUCCGUAUUGA